AUGGAGAGCGGUGGAACGAUUGAGAACCUCGAGGCUAGCCGCAUGAGAUACUCUCUGGCUACAAAAUUGGGUGGAAGAGGUUUGGCCUGCGAGUGGCUUGCUCCUCGCUUCGGUUGA